AUGGCCUUGGCAGGGAAGCCUUUAGAUGUGACACUCACCACCUCCAGAGCUGACCAAUGGAACAUGGUUUUUCCCCAGAGAGAUGAAAUCAUCACCAGCUUAGUGUCUGCCUUAGACUCCAUGUGCUCGGCGCUGUCCAAGCUGAACGCGGAGGUUGCCUGCAUCGCCGUGCACGAGGAGAGCGCCUUCGUGCUGGGCACUGAGAAGGGAAGGGUCUUCCUCAGCGCCCGUAAGGAGCUCCAGGCUGACUUCCAGAAGUUUUGCAGAAUCCAGCAGAGGAAGGAGCAGGAUGCAGAGGUGCAGAAGAAGGCAAAGGAGUGCGGGCAAAGGGUGCUCAGGGUCUCCCCGGACCAGGGAUCAGAUGUGUACCUCCUCAGGAAGAUGGUAGAGGAAGUGUUUGAUGUGCUUUAUAGUGAAGCCAUGGGGAAGAGCAGCGUGGUCCCUUUGCCCUACGAGAGGUUCCUGAAAGAGCCAGGCUCGCUGGCAGUGACUGGCUUGCCUGAGGGAAUCAGCUUUAAGAAACCCCUGGAGUAUGAUGUGAAAUCCCUGAUGGCCAUCCUAGAGCACAGCCACAGCAUCCGCUUCAGGCUAAAAAGGCCAGCAGAUGAGCCCAGCCGAGAGCCCAACCCCAACAUCGAGUUAACUUGUUCCUCCCUCGCCUCCAAGGGCAGCCGAGACUCUGGUGCCAACGGCCCCGUGGCCAAACCCACCUCGCAGGACGCCCCCUCGGCCAUUGCUAUCACCAACUUCCUCUACGGCGUCUCUCUGCCCGGCCCUGUCGCCAUCGACCUCAAGCAGGAGGCGUCCUCGGGCCUGCCCGGGCCCACGGCGGCGGCGGGCGAGGCGCUGCUGGCCCGGCCGGCGGCAGAGCUGAAGGUGCCUUCCUCACAGGAGUACAGCGACUGCUGUGGACAGAAAUCAUCAGUCUCCGGAGGUCCCCUGAUCCAGAAUGUGCACUCAUCCAAGCGCAUCCUCUUCUCCAUCGUCCAUGACAAGACAGAUAAGUGGGACAGUUUUAUAAAAGAAACUGAAGACAUCAACACCCUUAGGGAGUGCGUGCAAAUUCUUUUUAACAGCAGAUAUGCUGAAGCCUUGGGGUUAGACCACAUGGUCCCUGUGCCAUACAGGAAGAUUGCCUGUGACCCCGAGGCAGUGGAGAUCAUUGGCAUCCCAGACAAAAUCCCUUUCAAAAGACCUUGCACCUAUGGGGUCCCCAAGCUCAAAAGGAUCCUGGAGGAGAGGCACAACAUCCAUUUUGUCAUCAAAAGGAUGUUUGACGAAAGAAUUUUUACAGGAAGCAAAUUUACCAAAGAUCCAACCAAGCUGGAGCCCUCCAGCCCUCCCCGGGAGAUCUCCCCCGAUCCUCACCGUGGGGCCAUGCUGGAACUGGGGGGGACCUCUCAGGCCAACAGCAGGUCUGAGAAGUGUAAUGUUUCUGAAGGCUGUGAACCAGGUACCUCAGGAGAGCUAGGUGGGAUCAGGCAGAUCAAAAUCGAACCAGACGAGCUGAACAUCAUCCAGAUCACCGUACCAGAGAGGUCAGUGGCAAUGGGUUGUGAUGGAGAUGACAUGCUUGAGGGGCAGCUGGGAGAGUCAGUUUUCCUGUCCUUACCUGUCCUGGACAGUGCAGCAAAUGACCGAUCCCCUGCCUCAGUGGAAAUGCAUGACCCAGUGCCCGCGGCCUCAGAGGAGUCAAGAUACAUCCUGGAAACAGGAACAGAGGCAGAGAAGGGGUCCACUGAAGAGUCUCGACACGAAGAAAAGGAGCUGGAGGGAUCAGAUGGUAUAGGGGACAUUUUAAGUCAUUUGAGGAAACAAGUUGAAAUUUUGUUCAACUCACGCUACGCAAAAGCCAUAGGAAUAUCAGAGCCAGUCAAAGUCCCCUACUCCAAGUUCCUGAUGUACCCUGAGGACCUGUUUGUUGUGGGCUUGCCAGAAGGCAUCCUGCUGCGCCGCCCCAACUGCUUCGGCAUUGCAAAGCUGAAGAAGAUCCUGCAAGCCAGCAACAACAUCCAGUUUGUCAUUAAAAGACCGGAGCUGCUGGCGGAGGGCGUAAAGGAGUCGGUGUCAGACAGCCCAGCAGCCAAAGCCGCCGACGAGAGGGACUCGAGCGAGGCGCUGCUGGAGGACGCUGUGAAGAGACAGGGCUUCCAAGAAAAUUAUGAUGCCAGGCUUUCCAGAAUAGACAUUGCUAAUACGCUGCGGGAACAAGUCCAGGACCUUUUCAAUAAGAAAUAUGGUGAGGCCUUGGGGAUUAAAUACCCUGUGCAAGUGCCCUACAAGCGCAUUAAGAGCAACCCAGGGUCGGUGAUCAUAGAGGGGCUGCCUCCUGGGAUCCCCUUCAGGAAGCCCUGCACCUUUGGCUCCCAGAACCUGGAGAGGAUACUGGCUGUUGCUGAUAAAAUCAAGUUCACUGUGACAAGGCCUUUUCAAGGACUCAUCCCCAAACCCGCCCCUAGACGGAUAACAUCUUUGGAAAAAGCCUAUGCUGCUCUCAAUGAUGAGGAUGAUGCCAACAGGCUUGGAGAGAAGGUGAUUCUGCGAGAGCAAGUGAAAGAGCUUUUCAAUGAAAAAUACGGAGAGGCUCUGGGCUUGAACAGGCCUGUCAUGGUGCCCUAUAAACUCAUCAGGGACAGUCCUGACUCGGUGGAGGUUACGGGGCUGCCGGACGAUAUCCCGUUCAGAAAUCCCAACACCUACGACAUUCAUCGGCUGGAGAAGAUCCUGAAGGCACGGGAGAGCAUCCGAAUAGUGAUUAUAAACCAGCUCCAGCCAUUUGCUGAAAUCUGCACUGAGGCCAAACAAACAGACAAAGACAUCAGUGUUCCCAAACGGAAGCGGAAGAGGAUCUCCGAAGGGAACUCGGUAUCUUCCUCUUCCUCUUCUUCCUCUUCCUCUUCUUCCAAUAUGGAGUCUACAUCAUCAACAAAUCAGAUCUCGCUUGUGCAAUGGCCCAUGAACAUGUACAUGUUAGACUAUGGUGGUCUAAACGUCCAGAUCCCAGGACCUAUUAACUAUUAGACCUCAAUAUCAAAUAAGAACCUCAAAUGAAAGAAAAAAUAAAUAAAUGUAAUUUAUGUAAAAAGUGUAUAUUCCAAUAUGUAUCGAUGCCUUUUAGUUUUUCCAAUGAUUUUUACACUAUAUUCCUGCCAUCAAGGCCUUUUUAAAUAAAAAUAAAAAGUGUUGCCUUGCUCUUAAAA